AUGGCGACAGACACUCCUCCACAGCUUGCUGGACCACCAACGCCCGCGAUGGAGACUUUGGACCGGGAUGUGGUGAUGUCUCCGCGGAAGCGCAGACGGCUUUCGGCUUCUGCUGAACCAGAGCUCACAGAGCCGGAGUCAGACGGGACGUCUGGAGGACGGGGAGCUGCAGCAGAGGCACCAGAGACGGCAGCGCUAGAGCCCAAGUCUCUCUUCAAUUCGACUUCUACUGAGAGCAGUAUCACCAGCAGCAGCACCACCACCACCACCACCAGCUCUAGCUCCAGCAUCGCUCCAUUCCUGGCCAAACAUAUCAGGGACCAGCAUGCGUCCAGGAACAGGUUUGCGCCGGCGGACUCGUCCCUACCCAGACGCAAGGCAGAUUCAAAGUACUGCUACCGCCACCGGCCGGACCUAAAGUGCCGUCGUCAGGCGGAUGAGCCUACGGUCGACCAGAUGCAGAGGGAUCUAUCUACCCUCUCCCAGAAUGACCAGCAGAGCAUCGCGCAUUUCUGGUCCCUGUUCUCGGCCGCGCCUUCAAAGCAUCGAAACCUCAUGCUGCAGGGAAUCGUUGCCCAGUGCUGCUUUCCGCAGCUCUCCUUCCUGUCAGCCAGCGUGCGAGACCUGAUCCGCAUAGACUUUGUGACGGCCUUGCCGCCGGAGAUCUCCUUCAAGAUCCUGUCUUACCUGGACACCGCCUCCUUGUGCAAUGCCGCCCAGGUGUCUCGCAACUGGCGGCAUCUGGCAGAUGAUGACGUUGUCUGGCAUCGCAUGUGUGAGCAGCAUAUCGAUCGCAAAUGCGAAAAGUGCGGAUGGGGCCUCCCCAUGCUGGACAGGAAGCGGUUGAAGGAUACAAAACGCCAGGUGCAGCUACGGGCAGCCGGCAAGGAGGCCGUGACCGGCCGGCAGCAGCAGCAGCAUCGGCCAUGGAAGGCGGUCUACAUGGAUCGCUUCAAGGUCGGAACGAACUGGAAGUACGGCCGAUGCACGACAACGAUAUUCAGGGGCCAUACAAACGGCGUCAUGUGCCUUCAGUUCGAUGAUAACAUCCUCGCCACCGGUUCGUACGAUGCCACUAUCAAGAUCUGGGACAUCGAGACCGGCAAGGAGAUACGCACGCUUCGAGGCCACGAGUCGACCAUCCGCUGUCUGCAGUUCGACGAUACCAAGCUCAUCAGUGGAAGUCUUGAUCGAACCAUCAAGGUGUGGAGUUGGCGCUCGGGCGAGUGCAUAUCGACGUACACGGGCCACCAGGGCGGAGUUCUCUGCCUGCACUUUGACUCUACCACCCUUGCCUCAGGCUCAAAGGACAACACCAUAAAGAUCUGGAACUUCCAGGAUAAGUCCACCCAGAUCCUACGCGGACAUACCGACUGGGUGAACGCGGUCAAGCUCGACACUGCCUCGCGCACCGUAUUCUCUGCAUCCGACGAUCUGACCGUUCGCAUCUGGGACUUGGAUACCGGUAAAUGCAUCCACACCUAUGCAGGCCAUGUAGGCCAGGUCCAGCAGGUCCUACCACUGCCACGAGAGUUCGAGUUCAAACACACCUCCCACUGCGACGACGACAGGAGUGAUCGCCUCUCUGGAUCCGAAUCCCCUGACCACCGGGCCAGCCACGACAGCAACCAUGCGCCAGAUCUGCCCACCACCUCCGCCCCUCCAACACAGCCCAUGUCCCCCCUUUUCGAAGCCCUGUUCAACGAAGACCGCCCGGCUCCACCGCGCUACAUGCUCACUGCCGCCCUCGACUCCACUCUUCGUCUGUGGGAGGUCCAUACCGGCCGCUGUCUACGUACUUUCUUCGGCCACAUCGAAGGCGUCUGGGGUCUGGCGGCCGACACCCUCCGCCUCGUCUCCGGCGCUCAGGACCAUAUGACUAAGGUCUGGGAUCCCCGAACCGGAACCUGCGAACGGACGUUUACCGGCCAUAGAGGACCUGUCACCUGUGUCUCCCUCAGCGAUAGCCGUAUGGCAACCGGAAGUGAAGACUGUGAAGUUCGAAUGUAUAGUUUCAAAGCUUGA